AUGAACACCGUUCAUGAGUUUGACAUUCGCAAACAAGAAAUCACCAAAAUCACAAUUCUCAGUGAUCGUGCGGAAAUCAAACGAUCUGUUCCAGUUUCUAUGAAAGCUGGAAUCAAUGAGGUCCAAUUGAAGCACUUUUCUCAUUGUCUCCAAAGUGAUUCUGUCCGUGUUGAUGGAUGUGGAAAAUCGACAAUUUGUGAUGUAACUGAAAAGAAUAUUCCUGCUCUUCGGUCGGAAACUGACACCGAAAAAAUGGCUGAACUUCGUAGAGAACUUGAAAACUACGAGAGUAUUAAAAAGAAACAGGAAGAUCAGAAAGGAGUUAUGGUUAAGAAAAUUGAGGGAUUAGAUAGAACAGUAGGAGAGAUUGGAAAAGGAGUAAUGAAUCCGUCAAAUGAAUCUGGGAAUGUCGUAAUUGACGAGAAACUUCUCGAAGGGCUACAGAAACUUCUCGAUUUCCAUGAAACUGAAGCGGAGUCAUUGAAAUUGAGCUUACGGGAAAGAGAAGAGGAGAUUUUGAAAACAGUUGAGAAAAUCAAUAAAAUCAGUAAUGAGUUGAACAGAAUGAAAACAUGGGGACGUUGGAAUACAUGCCGCGCCGUCAUUAUCACAUUGGAAGCAUUUGAAGAAGUCGAUGUUCAACUGGAUAUCACAUAUCAAGUGUUCGAAUCAGGAUGGCAACCAUCGUAUGAUAUCCGUGUAGAUACUCAAAAACCAUCCAUGACCAUCACUUACUACGGAAAGCUUUACAAUCGCUGUGGGGAAGACUGGACAGAAUUCCCGGCAGUUUUGUCAACCGCUCAACCCUCACUCGGAGGACAAAUCCCUGAACUCGGAACUCUCGAUGCUCAUUUUUAUAGACAUGUUGAACCAAAACGAUCUUUCAAUCUCAUGAAGAGAUCUAUGGGGAGAAGGUCUCGCAAGGCAGAAGAAGUAGAGGAAGAAAGGAUGAGUGUGGGAGAAGACGAUAACGAUGUUGAAAUGGCACGUACACCGAUGGAAGUCAAUCAUAACACAUUGAGCACUGAAUUCAAGAUUGCUCGAAAAUCGAAUCUUCCUAACGGAACGGAAGAUCACAAAGUGACAAUUGGAACAUCCGUCUUCACUCCAUCCCUGGUCCAUGAGAGUGUUCCAUCAAAGAUAGCUGCUGCUUUCUUAACAGCUUCGGCUGUAAAUUCUUCUGUUCUUCCAUUCCUACCAGGCGAGACAUCAAUCUUUCUGAAUAAUGCGUUUGUUGCAAAAAGUCAUAUGAAAAACGUUGUACCUGGAGAGAGGUUCACAUGCUCACUUGGCGUGGAUACUGCAAUCAGAGUUGAAUACAAACCGGCCAAAAAAUUCCAUGAAGAAGGGGGGUACAUCACAAAACAUUCCGCUCAUGCCACUGAACAAACCAUUUCUAUAAAAAAUACUCGAAGUGAACAACCAAUUCUUCUCACCAUCAAGCACCAUGUUCCACGUAGUACUGAUGAGAAGAUUCGUGUGAAGUUAGCUUCUCCAGUUGCGUCUCCUUAUGAUCCAGCAACUACCGUAGAAAACGAAGUUCUGGAGCCGCGAGAGGGGGUUAGAAUGAACAAGGAUCAUAACUUGGAAUGGACUGUGAAAAUGGCGCCAAAUAGUUCCAAGGAUCUUGUUAUCAAAUGGAUCAUUGAACAUGCAAAGGGACAAAACAUUAUGCUCCAAGAAAAGAUUUAA